AUAGUCCGGGUUGCAACCUCGGAAAGACAACAAAGACACUCAGUGGGACGCGGAAUUCUCAAAGAUCUUCAAAUCAAGAUUUCCCGACCACGUUAUGACGACGUCGUGGAGGCACAUGAAGACACCUUUCAUUGGAUAUUCGAACAGCCAGACGAAGACGCUUUAAAAGCAAGCAAAAGAAUCUGGAGUGACUUUACAGGGUGGCUCCGUGGCGGUAGCGGUGUGUACUGGGUCAGUGGGAAACCUGCGUCAGGAAAAUCAACUUUGAUGAAAUACGUCGUUUCACACGAAAGAACGCAUGAACUUCUACACGAAUGGAGUGUAAAGUUCCCGGACGGGUACGGAAACCAUUUGUGUACCGCCAAGUUCUUCUUCUGGUUAAAUGGCGGGGACAAGAACCAAAGCUCACAAGUUGGCCUCCUAAGGUCAAUACUGCAUGAGAUAUGCAGCGAGUACCCUCACCUUCUUCCGACGGCAUUCCCAGACCUUUGGAGUAAGCGUUAUUAUCAGCGUGUUCGUGCGGAAAAUGAGAAUGCGGAUGACAACGUGGGAGUGGGUUAUCGGUCACUUCCGACACAAUAUCCUCUCCAACUCUGCCUGUUUAUCGACGGACUUGAUGAAUACGAAGGAGACAAUACUGACAUCGCUCGGCUUUUCACAAAAAUAUCAUCGUUUGAAAACGUCAAAUGUUGUUUAUCUAGCCGCCCGUAUCGGCCAUUCAUUGAAGCCUUCCGAAAAGCUCCUUCGCUUCGCUUGCAAGAUUUCACGGCUCCAGACAUUGCCCGAUUCGUGUCAGAUAGACUUGAAGGGGAUGCGCGGUGCGAUGAAAUCGCUCAUGGCCAGCAAGUCGCAGCUACGGAACUUGUGGAUGAAAUCGUAAGCUGUGCGCAGGGUGUUUUCCUUUGGGUUAAGCUCGUCGUUGAAUCCUUGCUACAAGGACGAGGUAAUGGCGACGGGAUAACUGAACUAAAGCAAAGGCUACGGGAGUUCCCGACAGAGCUAUCGCAGCUCUACGACAAGAUGCUUCGCGUCGACAAUAUUUAUAAGGACGACGCGGCCAGAAUCUUUCGCUCGGUAUACAAGGCCUCAGAACUCGGAGCACCCAUGACGCAACUGACGCUCCUGCAGCUGCACACAGCAAUUCAUACAGAUAUCAAGCAGGCACUUGUUAUGCAUCCAGGCCAUCUUGAUCAACGUCAGAUUGACUUGAGGUCUCAAGAAAUGGCAAGCAAAAUCAUCGUCAGAUGUGGAGGGCUUUUAGAAAUUCAGCAGCAAGCAUCUAUGGAAGAGGCAUCAUGUGGUCUUUUCGUUUCAUACCUUCACCGGACCUCCGCCUAA